AUGUCCCUCGCUGUCAACUCCACCGCUCCUAUCCCGGAGCCCCCGUACGAGGUCAAAGGCACUUCAACGGUGGAUGACCUGGCCGUGCUCAUCCAGCGCGAGUACACGCAGCAGUACACAGAGGCACGCCAUCAAUACAAGGCAUCUCAUGCGCGCUUCACCGCUCGCGCGAAGCGGCCGCCACUGUCGUGGCUGGAUCAGUACUGCCGCGACGCCUUCCACGACCUAUCCUUUUACACGAGCGCACCCAAUGCUGAGGAAGCAUGCGCACCUUCUGCAUGCACUCAUGGCGUGCGGCGCAUUGGUCUCCACUUGCUGAAUUACGAACUUCGCCUUCUUGCACAGGAGCGGCUGCGCACUACACCUGUGAAGCCGAAGCGCGGCGCAGAUGAUGUAGUUACACUUCUAGUCGCGCAGGAAGCGGCCGAGUAUGCCCAUCUGCUGGAGCUGGAGACGGCUUCCUUUAUGGGGGUGGCACGCGCCUACUAUAAAGAGAUAUUUGGGCCCACCAACGAGGUUUUGUGGCUCGAGGCGCAGGCUCGGCGCAGCUUCGAAGACGAGUACAGCCAUACUACUAUGGCUUUCCUCGCCCAGCUACGCGAAGAGUUAUGGGGGGCACAACAGCGGCUGUUUCUACGAGCAAUGGGGAUGUACCCGGCUGCGUUGCCGCACGUCGCACAGCUGCGCCUCAUGGCCGCAGAGUCCUAUGCGCUGGAACAGGCCAAACUGGCCGUGCUAGACAGCCGCGAAGCAGUGCCGCUGUGGCACCGUGUAGGCGCCAUUCGAGGCGAGACGGAGAGCGAGGAGGCCAUUACAUUCCGGCGGAUUUCGUUGGCGUACGUCGUUGGGACACACAGCAUCAGCGACGGGUACCUGCGUCGCAACACCGCUACUGGCCGGCUGCAGCGUACGUACAAGGAGGUUCCGGCAUUCAUGCAGGACGCCAUCGACUACACGAUGCAGUUCGAGGCCUUCGCUGUUGUUCUGGAGGAAGAGGCACACCGCAUGCAAAUUGCGGAAGAGGCGGAGAACACCUGCGCCUCUCUCAUUGCAGCCGUCGCCUCCGUUGCUGACACCGAAGGUGAUGUCUCAUCCCCCCUAUCGCUAUUACCGCCUCUGCAACUCCGAGCGACUCCGGGCAGCCAGCGUCAGGGGUCUGAUGGCGUGCAGCGGGUGCCCGCCACAGGCACAGAAUCGCAUCACAACGGAGGAAGAGGUGGUCAAUGCACACGUGUGCAGUAG